CAUUAUCCAUCUAUCAAAUUAUUUUCAUAAAUUAAAAAAACAAAAACUAAAAAAACAAAAAACUAUAUAUACACACAUACACACUCUCUCUCUCUUUCUAUUCCACUACAAACUCUUAUUAACUGCUCUUCUAGCUUACUCUCUCUCUCUCUCUGUUUUCUCUUCAUGGAUGCUCGCUAUACUGAUCAUUUGGAUUUCGAUUUCUUGUCGUCGGAGGUUGCGGAAUCGAGUUCCGACAGCGGGAGUGCACGUCGUUUGAACUUGUCCGACGAGGAGGUUUUGUUAGCUUCGAGCAAUCCUAAGAAGCGUGCCGGAAGGAAGAAGUUUAAGGAGACCCGCCACCCAGUUUAUCGCGGUGUCAGGAGGAGGAACUCCGGCAAGUGGGUUUGUGAGGUUAGGGAACCCAAUAAGAAGACUAGGAUUUGGCUCGGGACGUUUCCCACAGAAGAGAUGGCGGCGCGUGCACAUGACGUGGCCGCUAUGGCUCUCCGAGGUAGGUCGGCUUGUUUGAAUUUCGCCGACUCGGUGUGGAGGCUGCGGAUGCCGGCUUCUAAAGAAGCGAAGGAUAUACAGAAGGCUGCCGCGGAAGCUGCGGAGGCUUUUAGGCCGGCGGAGUUGGACAAGAAGGGGUCGACGGUAUUGGAGUCGGCGGAGGCGGAGGCAGCGGCAGCGGCGGUGGAGUCGGAGAAUUUGUAUUACAUGGAUGAUGGGGAGGCCAUGUUCGGGCUUGGGAUGCCGGGACUGCUGGCAAAUAUGGCUGAAGGGAUGCUGUUGCCACCACCUCAGUGUGUUGAAAAUGGAUACGUUGAGGAUGACAUGGAAGUUGAUGCUGACGUGUCCCUAUGGAGUUAUUCAAUUUGAUUUUUUCUUAUUAUUAUUAUUUUUUUGUUUCUUUUCAAGAUGUACAGAGGGGCUUGCCGUAAUUUAAUGUUAGGGCAGAAUAUUUUUGUGUCCGUACAUGUAAUUUUUGACUUGUAUGGAUGCUAUUAUUGUAGUAACGACUAAAUAGUAGUAAUACCGGGUGUUGUUACGUUUUUUUUUUUUUUAUGGAAGAGAAAUCAUCCGUUUGGAGAAAAUACACACAGUACUUGCAACUGGCAAGGCUUGUAUGAUGAUGAUGUGAAAAUAUUACUAUCAUUUUGUUAGAAACUGCUCUGGAACGGAAUUUCCGCAUUGAAGUAUUUUACUAUAAUAAGCUCAAACGUUUUUUUUUUU